CAGGACAACGCAUCCCAGUCAGAUCGUCCUGCGCAUCUAAGCACCGCCGGCCCACAGCAACCACCCACCAGCAUGCCCGGAGUGCAAAAGCCCGUUCUCAUCAAGCAGCUGCAACAUGCCCUGACGCAGGGCACAAAGCUCGCCGAUCCCCGCCGGCUAGGCUCGAUUCCGUUCGAGUACGCUCAUCUGCGCAACUCGAUCCCGACACUCAUGCACGGCAAGCGCAUCGCCUUUGGCACCAUCACCUCGGAAAAGUCCGAGAUCAAGACCCGCCGCCCGUUCUAUCCCAAUGUCAUCUACAGCUUCCAGCGCUCAAACUACCUCGACAUGAACGUGCUGCUGCGACUAUCGACCGAGGCUCUGCGUCAGAUCGAGCGCGCCGGCGGUCUCGACAGCUACCUGCUGACAGUCGACCCCGAGUUUGUGAAGGAUCCGUGCGCGAUAGCCUUCCGGAAGCGGGUCUUUGAGGAAUUCGAGAAAAAGAAGGAUGAGCUCCGCCGCAAGGAAAUGGAUGCGCUGAAGGGCUUUGGCCCCGAUUACAUCAUGAAACUGAAGGAGAACUACUGGCGAUUCGACACCUAUCUGCUGAAGAAGAAAUAGACAGCUGCUCUUCUCUGUCGCCUUUGCUGGCCAACCGCAUGAUCUGGCAUCGCUCUUUGUGAAUAAAAACCGGAAGCAACCGCCUUGGACGAGACUGCAUCAGGAUCGCCACGGCCAACAGUCGGCAGCUCUGGGUAUGGGCUCCGAUCAUUCUCACACUGCUGGGCAAGAGUGAGUGCACAACAUGC